AUGCGCCGUGGGGCACCCCCGAGUCGGGGGGCAGGGGCCCCUGGAGAAGCUGUAGCAGCAGCAGUGGCAGCAGCGCCAACAAAUCCGCUCCCGGCAGCUGUGGAUGCUCUUUUCGCCUCCCGCAGAGAAGAUAAUCCACUACUGCAGCAGCUGCAGGAGGUGCUGCAACGUUACUUCUUGCAGCAGCAGCCGGAUUUAUUGCGGGCCCCGCCUGGGGCCGCUUCACCCCCUUCCCCUGAUGCAGGAGGAGCAUCCUCUCCUGCAUUGUCUGCUGAGUGUGUAGAGACCGGAACAUCGGGAUCAGCAGCAACUGUUCCCCUUCGUAGCUCCAAUGGGUCCGUUGCGCCGCGCGAGCUCAGCAGCAGCAGCGGUAGUACUAGCAGCAGCGGUAGCGGCAGCAGCAGCGGCAGCAGCAGCGGCAACGGCAGCCUUCGCGGGUGUCGGGAGGAGCUGGUGCGCCUAGCACGCCAGCUGCCGCGUAUUAACCGCUUAACGUUCUCCCCUCAAACCCUAAUGUGGGUUGUGAGGGUACAAACCCGCAGCAGAAGAGUUUGUCGUUCUUUCUCUGUGCGUAAGUUUGGUUUUGUGGGGGCAAGAGAAGAAGCAUUAGCGUAUUUAAGGCAUUUUGAUGCCAAUUUAGACCUACAAGCCGGCAAUAGCAACCCCACCAAAUCAACACCUUCCCUCCAGGAAACGGCAACGCAACAGUCCCCACAAGCUGCUUACCAAUCCUCAGCAUCUCUGUCCGGCAGCAGUAACUACCCAGUGCAUGCAGCGGCUUCUGCGCCUGCGCAUGGCUGGAAUGGCAGUACAGAUGUGAAUGUUGCUGCCGCGGCAGCAGCAACUCCUUCAUCGGCCGGAUGCGCCGCUGCAGCGGCGGAGGCUCCGCCAGCAGCAGCAGCAGCAGCAACACUUGGUGCCGAAUCUGCAAGGGGACCAGCAACAGGGAAAGUGAGGAAUUUAGUAGUGUGCGCAGGUUCAGACAAGGCCGUUUCGGAGGCGAGCACCACUACCAGCAGCAGCAACAGCAGCAACAGCAGCAACAGCAGCAACAGCAGCAACAGUAACAACAGCAGCAACGGCAACAACAGCAGCACCAACAGCAACAGCAGCAGCAGCAGCAGCGGAAGUAGCGGAAGCAAUAACAGCAGUAAUAGUAGUAGUACUUCUCGUGAAAGGGAUUAUCAGCAGCGUCAAAAGCUCCGAGAAGACUUGGCAUUACGAGCUCGCUUGUUACCUCAUAGAGUAGGUGUAAAAUUUGAUCCAACUUGUCCUCGUUGGAUCGCCCAUUGGAAAAGAGAUGGGCAGCGUUUCUUUAAGUCAUUUUCUGUAGAGAAAAACGGUUUCGAUGCAGCAUGGCACAUGGCAGUUAAAUGCAGAAGAGCUAAUUGUGAGGAUUAUUAUAAAGAAUACCAUAAUAGUAAUAAUAACAAUAAUAAUAAUAAUAAUAGUAAGAAUAAUAAUAAUAAUAAUAUGAAUAAUAAACAUAUAACUAUAAAUAAUCAUCAUGCAAACCAAAGAACAACACCCACUCAAGCAGCAGGUGGAGCAGGAGGAACUGCUACACCUGCAAAUGUUGCUUCUGCUGUUGCGGCACCACCCGCUGUUGGUGCUGCUGCUACUGCAAAUGCUGUUGUUGCUGCAGCAACAGUUGCUGCAGAACAUAAAACGGACAAAACCGAUACAGCCGCUGCUAACAGGCAGCCAACACCAGAAAAUGGUAAACAACCCCAGGUAUUUUUCAGGCUACGCAACAAGGCCUCAUCUGCUCCACCGGCUACCGGUGCUGCUGUUGCUGUUGCAGCUGCUCCAGCUGUACAUCCGCCGCAUAUUCUGCGGCCACAUAGGGGGCAAAAGCACUCGCAUCAGCACUUGCAUGUUCCCGCUGUUGCUGCUGGGGAGCCAGCAGCACGGGUGCCGGCGGAUGUCUGCAGGACAACAGAUACACCUACAGCAGCGGCAGUGGGAGCCCCCUCAGAUAACGCUUGGGGUCCCCAUGGAGCCGCUUGGAGCCGCCUCCAUGAGCACGACGACUACGAAAACACCUUUGCGCAUCAGAGGAGAGGCGAUAAGGACAUCAGAACAGCGGCAGCACAAGCAGCAGCAGCAGCGGCGGCAACGACAGCAACAACGGCAGGCUGGGGUGCUCUGGAACCGUGUGAGAGUGACUUGCUGGAGAUGUCCUCAACUCCCCAACAGCAGCAGUUGCUGCAGCAGCAGCAGCUCCUACUGCGGCAGCAGCGGCAGCUGCAGUUGCUGCAAGAUUGCUUGUCUUCACAGGUGCCGUCUCAAUCUCCGUGUCCUGCUAAGAGGGGGCCCCCCGCGUGGACCCCCUCCAGCGUCUUUUUAAAGUUAGCGAAGCUGUGUAAGGAGACACCGCCUCUACGCGAUGUUUCCGAUGCUCUAGUCUCGCAGCCAGCAACAGCAGCUACAGAAGAUGAUCUAGCCUUGACAAAGGCAAAAGCCGCAGCAGCGCUUGCUGCUGCUGCGGGACAGGACCCAGCAGAAGCAAGAGCGCUGCUGCUCGAGGCAGAGGUGUCCCUGAUGCGCCGCAUAUCGGGGCUGCUCAGUAGCAGCAGCAACAACACCGUCGGCAGUAGCAGCAGUUGUAGUAGUGGUAGCGGCAGCAGCAGCAAGCCCCGCAGUAUACAGGAGAGAGAAUUGCUGGCUGCUGGUAGUGGUUUGGGUUUACCGGCGGAGGCAGCAGCAGCUCGUGCCUUGCAGGAGUCUCUGCAGCAUCAGCAGCUGCUGCUAAGCGGGGGUCUUCGCUCCGAAGGAACAGCAGCGGAGGCACCUGACCGUCUCUCGUCUCUGUUGUUUGCCACCCCAACAGCCUCCACCAGCACGGGGUCUCCUCUUCCGGUGUCUCUAAGUUUGGGGGGGAGGGGAAGUAAGCAGCAGGGCGCUACAGAAGUCUUAUUUGACGAUUCGCUGCAACCUGCCGCCGCCGCAGCGGCAACAGCUGCACCUGCUGGUGCUGCUGCUACUGCUGCUGGAGUGGCGGGGGGCGGGGAGCACGGGGAAGUCGUCGGAGGGUCUGUAGAGCCUGAGGGAGAAAGCGUAUUGCCCCGCAUGUCAGGAGGAAGGAGACAGUCGAGUUCGUCUGUCUCCUCGUUUGCAAUAUUUUCGAGCCCGCGAGCUGAGGAGACACCGCGGGGUGUCUCUGCGCCGUCUACAGGCCGUGGGGCAUCUAUGUUGGCCUUCAACAGCGGCGACAGCGGCGACAGAAAUGUGUCUGUUUCUCCUGUGGAGCCUCUACUGGAGCGGGCUGAGGAAGUGAUUGGAGACAAACCUAUAGGGGAGGCCAAGGGGGCCACCGGUAGCGAGGAGAUGCAACAAGACAGUGACCGACUGCACCUCAUUAAGGCUGCCGUGUGUGCGUUGCUGCGGGAUCUGCGGGAUGUAUGCCUGCUUAGCUGGGUACCAUACUACGUGAUUGAGCCAGAGGAGGAAUUCGCCUGUCUCUCCAGGUGUCUUUCUCUCGCAGAAAAUUGCCGCAGCGAAGAGCAGCUCAGGCCGUUCACUUCGGCCUUCUCCGCCCUCAUCGCACAAAGGACGCUUCCUAGCAGCCUCCCACUGGGGCAGCAAAAGGACCUAUUUAAGCGCAUGGUUAGGGCUGUUAAUCUCGUCGUCGUGUAG